UGAGCCGGCUAUCUCCCCUAUAUAACUCGACCUCCUCUUCUCUUUACACCACAAAUUUUCUGAAUCGCUUUUCAAUUUCAAAAUCCCAAUCAUGCAGAUAUUCGUGAAAACCCUAACCGGCAAGACCAUCACCCUCGAGGUCGAGAGCUCCGACACCAUCGACAACGUCAAGGCCAAGAUCCAAGACAAGGAGGGCAUCCCUCCUGAUCAGCAGAGGCUCAUCUUCGCCGGAAAGCAGCUCGAGGACGGCCGUACCCUCGCCGACUACAACAUCCAGAAGGAAUCGACUCUUCAUCUUGUGCUCAGGCUUCGUGGGGGUAUGCAGGUUUUUGUGAAGACUUUGACAGGCAAGACAAUCACUCUGGAGGUUGAGAGCUCCGAUACCAUUGACAAUGUCAAAGCAAAGAUUCAAGACAAAGAAGGAAUCCCACCGGACCAGCAGAGGUUGAUCUUUGCCGGAAAGCAACUGGAGGAUGGCCGCACUUUGGCUGAUUAUAACAUUCAGAAGGAGUCUACACUCCACCUUGUCCUUCGACUCCGUGGUGGUGAUAUUUGAGAAAGUUUCUUGGUGUUUCUGAUAGGGUUUAUUUUGUUUCGUUUAGAUAUGCUGGAUGGUAGUGGUGUACUGAUUCACAGUUUGGAAUUGUUUCGUUUUAGGGUGUCUUUGGUUCCUUCUAUGUUGUUUUUUAAAUUGUCAAGAGUCAGUCUUGAGUUUAGUUUCUUUUACUUGUUAAUAAUAUUUUCGUUUUAGUUAUAUGGAUAUUGGUGUUGGUUUGGAUCUCAUUGUCUUUGUGGAUAAGGUGUAUAAGACACUAGAUCAUGUUCUUUCCUGUAGAGUCCUUGUUAUUACUCCACUCCCAACAGCAGGUGAUUUUGAUAGCUACCUUAGUUUCUAGAAUGCUGGCUUCGGGCUUCUGUUGUCACUUACAUUGUUUUGUAUCCAUUCUAUUGUUAGGCUUGGUAAUUUUAAGUUAGCCUUUUACUAAAGGCUGUUGGAUUUUCAGAUACAGUCCGAUAUGAUGCUAGCUAUGCUCUUUUGCAUUCCAUGAUUAACGCAGUUUUAUUUGUUUGAGUAAU